AACUCAAUUUAUCCUAUUUCUUUUUUAUUACUAUAGAGAUAUUCAUUUUCUAUUUAUUCCUAUUUAUAUUAUUUUUUUCCAAAUGUUUCUGUUUCCACAUACCUUGACCUUUUACCUGCCUGCUUUCCUCUUUAUCAUCUCACUUCCUUUCUCUCUGCCAUUUUAUCUCCCUGACUCCAACCCACUUUCAAACUUGAAUAAUCAAGUUCGAGAGGUGCUGCUCUACACAGACAAUCAUAGAAGAGGCAUGUAUCUGCAGAUGACUCUGGAUGGGAGAGUGUCAGGAAGUGAUGCGCAGACUCCUCAAAGUGUGAUGGAGCUUAAAUCUAUAAAUCCAGGAAAUGUAGUCAUCAAAGGACGGUCUGCAGCUCUGUUUCUUUGUAUGGACAGUGAAGGCCAUUUAAGGGGGCAGAGACAAUACGUGGAAGCCGACUGCACCUUCAGAGAGCUGCUCCUGGCAGACGGAUACACUCGUUUCCUCUCCUCACACCAUGGAGUCCCGGUGUCUCUGGCAUCCAAACACUCUCCAGACCGACACGCGGUCCCCUUCACUCGAUUCCUACCACUCAGGAAUACUUUGGCAGGCGAGAGUGUGUCUGAACAGCCACAAAACAAUGAGAGAUAUUUCAACAUGGACUCUGAUGAUCUUCUUGGAAUGGGUCUAAACACUGUGGGCAGUCCUCAGUUCUCCAUGGACAAGUGAAAACAGAUCUAAAACUGUGGAUGUGCCUCUAAAAAUAGAUUUUACUGACCUGGUUCAACCUGCAGACUUGAUUAUGUUAAGAAAUGAGCGGCUAAGUUAUUUUUUCAGCAUUGUAAAUGUAACUUAUUUAUUUAUUUGAUGUGUUGUAAUGGUUAUUUAAAGAAAAAAGUUCAUAAAAUAUUUGAAUUAAAGGACUGUUCCUCAGUCAUGUUGACUGUAAUAUAUGGGGCUUUGCAGUUUCUCUAAUUUGGAUUUGACUAAAAAGACAAAUAAUUAUAUUUUUACUCUACUCUGUUUGAGAUGAGAUCUAAAUUAAAAGAGCAUAUGUGCACUCAGCAUUA